GAGGUUGAGGGGGUGAGAUCCCGUAUUGCUCGUAAAAUUACAGAGAGUGGGAGACGGGCCUUCUUCUAGAGAGAGAGAGAGAGAGAGAGACGGGGCUUCUUCUUCUUCUUAUUUACUCCCUCUACAUCACCGAUGGCCAUGGAUUGCGCUUGAGGGACUAUUUGUUCGUUUUCUAGGUUUUUUCAUUUGGGCAUCAGUUAUUGAUUGUGUAGUUGAGCUAGCCCUAGGUGAAUUUUAGUUGCAGAGAUGGCAGAAAAUGGGGUUAAAGUUGAGGAUAUACAUGUUUCCAAUAGAGAAGAUGUGGUGGUAAAGGAAUUUCAGUUAAAACCAGGAGAGGCUAAAGAUUCUGAAGGUGAUGAGGUAUUUGAGGAGGCCAUGGAAGCCCAGCCUGAUGAUGGCCAAUCACGCUCAUUAGAACCUCAUGGAGUUGCAGAGAAUGGAGAGCGUGAAAAAAAAGAUGAUGCGUCUGAAGGUAAUGGAGAUGAUAAAACAAAAGGAGAUGAUAGGUUUGAUGUGAAAGAUAACAAGAGAGCAGAAGUAGAUGAAGUGUUUGGGGAGAACGGAGAGAAGGAAAAUGAAGAUGAUGGUUUUGAAGAAAGCCAUGAAAAUAGAGAGAGGUUUUAUGAAGCUAUUGGCCUCUCGAAAGAGGAAAACAAUGUAGAGGAACGUUCGGAAAGCAAAGAGGGGUCCAAACCAUCUCUUGAAAAUGGUCAUAUAGGACAAGCUGAUAUAGUUUCUUCAGAUACAACCCUUUAUGAAAAUCAUGCAAACAAUGAACCAGUAGUAGAAGAAGCAGAUGGAGGGAAACUAGCGGCUGAAAUUACAGAACCCCUUGCGAAGAGUGCCAUUCAAGAUGCGCUGAAAGUUGAUGUAAACCAAGAUGGAAUACCAGAGCUGAAAAAUGGUGAUGCAGAUUUUGAUCUCAAUGAAGCGGAAGGAACUGAUUUUGUUAUUGGGAGUAAUAACGACCCAGGGACACUAGGCCCCUCGCUCAUUGAUGUCAAUGUUAAAGAGAAGGGUUCCCCUAGCACAGAAAUGGAUAUUGAUAUUGAUGAGGUUGAUUAUAAAUGUGAAGAUGUGAAUAUGGAUAACAUGAUUAUUGAUGAGGCUAGCCUUUUGCCCGAGAGUGAAGCUCCUGCAAAAAAUGCACAUGAGUUUUCUCUUUUGGCUUCCUAUGAAACCAGUGAUAUUCAAGAAGAUACACAGGCUUUGCUGAUUGAGGAUGCCGGGGAUAUUCCAAGAGGAGAUACUCAGGUUGCUCUGGACAUGGAAACUGCUGAUUGGUCUGGCAUUUUACCUGAGAAUGAAGGUCAUGAACAGAGUACACAUGAGUCUCCUCCUUUGGUUUCUCAUGAAACCAGUGAUAUUCAAGAAGAAACACAGGGUUCUCAGGCUGAGGACAUAGGGGAUGUUACUGUUCCUAACUUAAAUUCAGCGUCAGUUACUUCCCAAUCAAUGGGCACCGGUGAAGGUGACAGCAUCUCUGCGAUCGAUAAUGAUGAUGCCCAGGAAUCCCAUAUCCCUGAGCCCACAAUUGUCAUACCAGUGGAGCUUGAGUCAAAUAAAGCAGAGGCACAAGAUGGGCCAAUCACAAAUAAAUUGCUUGGCAAAGGAUCUUCUUCCUCCACCAAAUGGGAUCAAUUAGGCUCAUCAUCAUCGUCAUCAUCAUCAGAUGAUGAUAAUAAUGAACAUGAUAGUAUACAGUCAAUGGCUGCUUCAAGAAUCAGUGCACCAAGUCAAUCUACUACGACUUCUACCCUGCCUCCUCCUCCUGCUCGGCCUGCUGGUCUUGGGUCCUCAGGCUCUCUAUUGGAGCCUGCUCCUCGUACACAACAACAGUCUCGUGUCAAUGGAAGUGCACCUCUUCGUCAGUCUCAGCUUGUUGAAGAGGUGGCAAAUGGUGAAACAGAUGAGAACAGUGAGACCCGGGAGAAGCUUCAAAUGAUUCGGGUAAAAUUUUUACGUCUUGCUCAUAGGCUUGGCCAAACUCCUCAUAAUUCAGUUGUGGCCCAGGUCCUCUAUAGGCUUGGCCUUGCUGAACAACUAAGGAGGAGAAGGGACACUAAUAGAGCUGGGGCUUUUAGCUUUGAUACAGCUAGUGCUAUGGCUGAGCAACUCGAGGCAGCGGGCCAAGAACCCCUUGAUUUCUCUUGCACCAUCAUGGUGCUUGGAAAAUCGGGUGUUGGUAAGAGUGCCACCAUCAAUUCUAUCUUUGAUGAAGUUAAGUUUAGCACCGAUGCAUUCGAGUUGGGUACCAAGAAGGUCCAGGAUAUUGUGGGAACAGUUCAAGGGAUCAAGGUUAGGGUGAUUGAUACUCCGGGCCUUUUACCAUCCUUUGCUGACCAGCGUCAAAAUGAGAAAACCCUUCAAUCUGUGAAGAGAUUCAUCAAAAAGACCCCUCCAGAUAUUGUUUUGUAUCUCGAUAGGUUGGACAUGCAGAGCCGAGACUAUGGGGAUUUACCAUUGCUUAGAACCAUCACUGAAAUUUUUGGCCCUGCAAUUUGGUUCAAUGCAAUUGUUGUUUUAACCCAUGCUGGCUCUGCACCACCUGAUGGGCCAAAUGGCUCUCCUUUGAGCUAUGAAAUGUUUGUUGCUCAACGCUCUCAUGUGGUUCAGCAAGCCAUUCGCCAAGCUGCUGGGGACAUGAGGCUAAUGAACCCUGUCUCUUUAGUUGAGAACCAUUCUGCUUGUAGAACCAAUAGAGCAGGGCAGAGGGUCUUGCCGAAUGGCCAAGUUUGGAAACCCCAAUUAUUGCUUCUGUCCUUUGCAUCUAAGAUUCUUGCAGAAGCAAACACCCUUCUUAAAUUACAAGAUGUUCCAAAUGAGAGGCCUUUUAGUGGUCGAUCAAGGGUUCCACCUCUUCCUUUUCUUUUGUCGUCACUUCUUCAGUCAAGGCCACAACUAAGAUUGCCUGAAGAGCAGUAUAGUGAUGAGGAUGCUUUUGAUGAGGACAUCGAUGAGUCAUCUCAUUCAGAUGAUGGUUCAGACUAUGAUAACCUACCUCCUUUCAAGCGUUUGACACAAAACCACUUGGCAAAAUUCAGUAAAGAACAGAAAAAAGCUUAUUAUGAGGAGUUGGACUACAGAGAAAAGCUUUUCAUAAAGAAGCAGUUGAAGGAGGAGAAGAAGAGGCGCAAAAUAUUGAAGAAAAUGGCUUCUUCAGUCGAGGAUUGGUCAAGUGAGUACAAUGAAAGCACGGAAGAAGAAAGUAGCAGUGCUGAGUCGGUGCCUGUUACAAUACCUGACGUGACUUUGCCUGCCUCUUUUGAUUCUGAUAACCCGACCCAUCGAUACAAUUGUCUCGACCUUCCAAACCAGUGGCUUGUUAGGCCUGUUCUUGAGGUCCAUGGUUGGGAUCGUGAUGUGGGUUAUGAAGGCUUAAAUGUGGAAAGGCUUUUUGUGGUCAAGAACAAAAUCCCCAUUUCGGUUUCUGGCCAAAUUACAAAGGACAAGAAGGAGACUAAUCUCCAGAUGGAGUGUACUGGUUCUUUAAAGCAUGGAGAAGGGAAAUCUACCUCUCUUGGAUUUGAUGCGCAAACUGUGGGAAAGGAAGUUGCAUAUACAUUGCGUAGUGACACGAGAUUUGCUAAUUUUAGGUACAAUAAGACAGCCGCUGGGCUCUCUGUCGCACUCUUUGGUGAUGCUAUAACAGCUGGUGUGAAGCUAGAAGACAAACUUCUAGUUAAGAAAUGGUUCACGGUGGUUAUGACAGGGGGUGCCAUGGUGGGGCGUGGUGAUGUUGCUUAUGGUGGUAGCUUGGAAGCAACUUUAAGAGAUAAGGACUACCCUCUUGGUCGGUUUUUGUCAACUCUUGGGCUCUCUGUUAUGGAUUGGCAUGGUGACCUUGCCAUUGGUUGCAAUUUGCAAACUCAGUUCCCUGUGGGAAGAUGGUUCAACAUGAUUGCUCGUGGAAAUUUAAACAAUAGAGGAGCUGGGCAAGUCAGUAUUCGAUUGAAUAGCUCAGAGCAACUUCAGAUAGCCUUACUUGGCCUAAUUCCGAUUCUUAGAAACUUAAUGAAAAAUGGUUUUUUUGGUUUGAAUCAGACAAUGUAGUGAGUGGUGAUGUUGUAAUGUGAGAGGCAGCUUUUGCAGGAGUUUAGGCCCAAUGAUAAAAGGCAUGUCUCCUUUGGUUUGCUGUGAAUGUCAGUGAAAAUAAGCUGCUGGUUUGAGUUUUUUACAUUUGGUUGUGUUUUGCAAUUUUGUUGUAGGUAGUUUUAUGAAACCCUUUUCACAAACUGAACCUGUCAAUUUUGUCCAGUACACUAUGGUCAGGAACUGGGGGGUGAGGCUCCCUUUGUUCAUUCACACUGUUAAGGACAAUAAAUUGCUUCUUGUCCAUUUGAGACAAUUCCAUGAUGAGUAGAUUCAGCAUGUGAUUUGGUUGUGUAGGUUCUUGAUUACUUGGUUAUGGCUGUUGUAGGCAUUUGGCAGUGAAAUCUGGAAGUGUCAUCCUUUCUAUAGUUGAAGAUGUAAAUCGGAUUUAGGGAGUUGUUUUAUGUUAUUUGAUGUUCAAGAGUUCAUGUAGAAAAAAGGAAAGCUUUGAGCUUGAAAAAUAUCUAGCAAUGUCAU